CGCUGCGAAAACAUGAGAGAUUGUCUUAGCAUGCUGAUAACACUGUUUUGUUUUCUUCUUGAAAGUUAUUUGAUCUCUCUGAAAGUCUUCGAACCUUUGUUACUGAACCUUCAUGCUCAUUUUUUUCUAAUAUAGAUGGAUUAUAGCAUGAGUUACAUACUUACACAGUCUUCAUUCCAGUGUGGAAUUGAACAGUCUCAGACUGGAAUUUCCCAAAGUCACGAAGGUGAAUUAUCCAUUGAUGGAAAUUCAGGUAUUCUGGAACCAAAUGAAAUGUUCCGAAAUAUUGACUUGCCUAUGUCUGAGCAUAGUCCAACCUUCUUUACCAAUGAUAAAUUUAACAUUACUAAUCAGGUAGAUGCUCAGACUGUGGCUGAUGACUCAGAUCAUUGUGAAACUCAUGAUUCAUCAGCACUUGUGGUGGAAACUAAUAUUACUGAAUUGUCUAUUCAAAAUAUGGUGGAUGAGAAGCAAAGUCCUCACCUAACUGAAAGUAGUAAUCAAAAUUUAGAAUCUUCUAUGAUGAAGGAAGAAGCUGUUGUAGACACACAGACUUUCGAUCAAAAUGCUGUUGAUGUUGAUGCACAUCAUCCUGAUAGAUCUAUUCUUGCAGUACCCCCACAAGAUUCUUUAGAAGGAGGGAGUGUAGUUAAAGGACUUGAGGCCGAGUUAAGUAAUUUAGAGGAUUCCAUGGGAACUAGAACUGUUGCAGUUUCUGACAUGCAGAAAGAAGAAAGGCACAGUGAAGAUAUACGUUCAUGUGAUUUGACUCAGGCCAAUGCAAGUAAAAACUCAGUCUUGCUUAAAGAUACGGUGAUGGAUGAUCCGUCUAUAUCAGAUACACACACAUCGGCAAAGGUUUCAGUUAAAGAUGGUCCUAUCUCUGUCGGGCAGGUGGUUGAGGUAAGCAAUUCCAGUUAUGAAGUUUGUCCUAAUCUCCAGCAAACUAUGAAUGUCACUGAGAAGGAAACUUACAGUGUGAGCAAUGUUCUUAAGGAAAACGAGUCAUCAAACACUGGAGGUGACCAUAUGGAUACGGGAGUUUUAUCAAGCAAGUCGGAGGCAUCUAUGUUUCCUGCAAAGGAAAACAUCAUUUCUGUUUGUGAAGGAAAUAAUGACAACAGGGUCGGAGAUUUUUCCGGUUUCAGUUUGGUGACUUCUUCAACAAACUCUUCCAUUGUGAGGGAGUCAACUCAAAUAUGUGUAAACGAUGAAUCUGAUAAGCAAAGUGACCUAGACAAAUUUAGCCAAAAUGCUGCUGUCAAUGAUGAAGAGAAUACAAAGAUCCGUUCUGAUUCUAGCCAAAUGCAUUCUGAUGUUGCGCAAUCCCAUCUUGGGGAUAAAGGAGUUGUUUCAUCACCUCUUAGUUUAAGUAGCUUGGAAUCUGAGUUGACAACUUCCACUGUAUCAAUCGACACCAAACCUGUCAAUAUUUCAUUUGUCGUUAUUUUAUUCUUGCAGAGUAUGUGUAUGUUGAAUCAAAGAAAGUUGUGAAAUUGAUGAAAGUAUGCUCUUAUAAAAAUUUUGAACGGUAUUGUUUGAUGUUUAGAUUUGUGAUUUAGGGACCAUUUUUCAAGGUUGAGGUUGUUUUGUUAUUGUUUAGUGUUGUUCAUGUAACUUUGAGAUUAGAAUAAAAAAUGAAACAUAACGUGUUCAUCUAUUUUUUUA